AAGUGUAUGCCACGGAAUAAAAAGUAUUGAGGUCUAUUUUUAUAAAGUUGAUUUAGAGUUAAAUCGGCACCUGUUCACGUCACUCUUGCCACAUGUGAAGUAAACAACUUUGCUAACGGAGCUGAGAAGCAAGAUUAUAGACCCCGAGUAAUAAUGGCAACGGAGGGAUCAAUAUCGUGUUUUCCGGUCCAUGAACACUGCGGAGUUUCCCACGGAACUCCGUCGCUGACAGCGCUAGAGGAAAUUCUGCACAGUGGUCAAACCUCCUGCAAUCAUGUCGAUGAGGUAUGGCCCAAUUUGUUUCUCGGAGACAUGUUUAUGUCCCAUGACAGAUAUGGCUUAUGGAAGCUGGGGAUUACCCAUGUUUUGAAUGCAGCUCAUGGUAAAACUUGCUGUAAGGGGAGCGACGAUUUUUACGGCACGACCGUAAGCUACCACGGAGUGCCCGCCAAUGACCUGCCAACAUUCGACCUGUCACCUUACUUCUUUCCUGCCGCGGAGUACAUUCAUACAGCCCUGACUACUCCAGGAGGCAGGGUGUUUGUGCACUGCGCGGUCGGCGUGAGCCGGUCGGCAGCUCUGGUGCUGGCUUACCUGAUGAUACAUCACGGCCUCUCCCUGGCGGACGCCAUCCGGAAAGUCAAGGAAGCCCGGUGGAUUUUCCCAAACAGAGGAUUUCUCAAACAGCUGAGGGCCCUGGAUAUGAGUUUACGCGGAGAGGGAAUGACAGAAACUGAUGAUGGACAAAUGACGUGA